GGUGUGCGCGCUGUGUGCCGAAGUCAGUGGCUGAAUCUUCGUCUAAGAACAAGGAGGUGGUGUAUGCUUCACCAGGACUAUUUUGUCGUUCUCUCCGAAAAUCACAAGCGAUCGAGUAGGAAAUGAGUCACCACCGUCUGAGUGGCAAAAGACGACCAUUUUGCUACUCUCUCUGGCGUAGUGCGAAAAGCCAAGAUGCAGAGAGU